AUGGCUGUGUUUCAACUACUUAUCACAAGCAUUGUUGGCUUACUAGGAUGCGCUAAAGCCAGCAGCCAUUCUCCGACUUGGCGAACUUUCGGCAUCACAUCUAAUCUGGUGGCUACGGAGUUUGGUAGUGUCUUCGAUGCUCCAGUGGUUAUUGGGAAUCAGAUGUUCCGCCUCCUAGUCGACACCGGGAGUAGUGAUACCUACGUCAUGCAAUCCGGCUAUACCUGCGUCAGCAAAGCGACUGACAUGGUGAUACCCCGGGAGGAUUGCCUCUACUCAAACAAAACCUACGACAUCUCCGAGUCGUAUCGGUCUAUUCCCCACGAGAUGUUCGGUGUGAAGUACGGCGCAGGUGUUGCCAGCGGGUUCAUGGCAUCCGAAGACGUUCAGUUAGGUGGUAUUUAUGCCAAGGGACAGAGGAUCGGCAUCGCAAAUGUGUCCAACCCCAUGGGUGACAGGGUCAACAGUGGGCUUCUUGGACUGUCUUAUCCCUCAAUUACCUCGGCCCACCCAGCGAAUCACACUUCCAACGCAACAUACUGGUUCGAUCGUUUGGUGUAUAGCCCUUUAUUGUAUACAAUGCAGCGGCAGGGCUCGAUAGAUCCCUAUUUUAGUCUUGCGCUGGAACAUACUCCACAAAAUGCCUCCACUGCCUUUGGAGGCUACUUGACCCUCAGCGGUCUUCCGCCGGUCAAUCACAGUACCCAAUUUUCAACGGUUCCUGUCGAGACCACAGAGGCGAUUCCGCUCAGUUUCACAUCUGGGAGAAAGGUCCGGUCAUAUUGGACGACCACAAUAAGCGAUGUCACGUUUGGUUCGACAUCGAACAACCUGGCCGUUAACUCUACCUCAUUUCAAGCAUUUUUUGACUCUGGAAACCCCCUCUCGUAUCUUCCUUCGGCGGUCGUGGAACCCAUAAAUGCCCUUUUUGAUCCUCCUGCGGUCUAUGAUCCGAAGUCAAAGGUGUGGAUGGUCGACUGCUCCGCGAAGGCUCCACAAUUCGGCUUGACAAUUGGGAAUCAGACUUUCUUCCACAAAGGUCAAGACCUUAUCUAUCAAACUUCGAAAGGUGUCUGUAUGUCAAGCCUUGCAACUUCAGAAAGCAUCUCGAUCGAUGGCCUCACAUUGAACAUAGUCGGUGUCCCGUUCCUGAAAAACGUGGUUGCCGUGUUUGACUUUGGACAAAAUGUGAUGAGGUUUGCAAAGAAGCUGGAUUUUAAUGAGAGCAUGCCGGGAAUUGGCGGAGGGAAUGGAAUGUCUAUCCCGAAAUCAAGCGGUUCCAAUCUGCUCCAAGAAAUAGGCUUUGGGCAUCUGUUGGUCCUGUUCAUGGUGGCAGUUUUGGUCCUCCUGGGGCUGUAA